CAGUACUGCUCGUUUGUGGUCUCAAAUCAAGAUGGCAAAAUAAGUUGUGCAAACUAAACAUUUUAAUGCAUGACAAGCGACACAUUGACUACCAAGAGAUUUCUAGUUGUUAUUCAUUAUGGGUAGUAGGGAGUUUGUAAAUGAAUUCCCCGAAUACAAAGGCGAAAAAUUACUUGAGACAGACGGCACGUUAGAGAAGGGGUACAAGCAGAGGCUGCUGGCAGAGGUGGAACGACAACUGAACAGGCUGACUACAGGCCUACAAGACACUGAUGACAGGGACUAUAGUGUGUAUACUGGAAUUACAGGCAUUGCUUACCUGCAUUAUCACCUGUGGAAUGUUGUGGAUGGCCGCCAGAGCACCUCCCACCUCCACGCUGCACUGCAACACACUGAAAGAGCUCUUCGCCAUCUGAAGGGAAGAAAGCUAUCCUUCCUGUGCGGCGAUGCGGGUCCCCUGGCCCUUGGCGCGGUGCUGUAUGAGCAUGCUGGGAAGAGAGACAAGAGCCGAGACUGUGUAAAGAGGUUGGUGUCCCUACAUAAAGAUGUGUGCAGAGACCCAGAGAUCCCAGAUGAGAUUCUGUUUGGCAGAGCAGGUUACCUGUUUGCACUGUUAUUUGUACAGAGGAAUAUUGACCACAGUGAGAUAGAUACAGUUGUCAUAGAAAGGGUAAUCAAGGCAAUAAUAGACUCUGGGAGGAGUUUGUCAUCAGAGGAGAGGUCUCCAUGUCCCCUUAUGUAUGCCUGGCAUGGCAAACAGUACCUGGGGGCAGCCCAUGGGAUGGUGGGCAUAUUUUAUAUAUUAAUGCAGGUUACCUCUCCUGAUAUAAGGCAUUAUUUGGAAGAGUUUUUGCGGCCAAGCAUUGAUUACCUGAUGACGCUGCAGUUCCCCUCGGGAAAUUACCCAUCAUCCAUUGGGAGCGCCACUGGCGAUAAGUUGAUUCACUGGUGUCAUGGCGCACCAGGCUGGAUCCACAUGUUCAUAUUAGCAUACAAGGUAUUCAAUGAUAAGAAGUACAUGUCAGCUGCAAAGUCUUGCUCUGAAGUGAUAUGGCAGCGUGGAUUACUAAGGAAGGGCUAUGGUAUCUGUCAUGGCGUAGCAGGAAAUGCCUAUGGAUUCUUGGCGUUAUACCAAGCUACCCAAGAUGUCAAACACUUACACAGAGCAAUAAAGUUUGCAGAAUGGUGCUUUGACUAUGGUAAACAUGGCUGUAGAACACCCGAUAGACCGCUGUCUCUCUUUGAAGGUCUAGCAGGUACCAUCUACUUCUUGGCAGAUUUAACCAACCCCCAGAAAGCCAAGUUUCCUGCUUUCCAAUUGUAACAAGACUGAAAGAACAACCUUCUUGAAAGACUUCAUUUGCAAGGCAGCUUUAAUUUUCUUCCAAACAAAGCUAGGAAAGAGAUUGAUCAGUUAACGGAAAUGCUAAAAUUUGUGAACACAUUUUAGUUGACAGCAGAAAUACACAGAAAUACACACAGUCUCUUCCAAGUUAUGAACAAUUGAUGAAAAGUUGAAAGAUAUAUGGAAUGAGCAUAAGUUACAAAUAAUUUUGUUCUGAAAGAUGUUUCAGGUGUUAUUCAUUUAAUGAUAUUUAUUUAUUCUUGCCUCAGUGUGCAAUUUUUUGAGCAGUAUAUUUUUAGUUAAUGUUACUACAUGUACAUAUAGUACGAUACGUUUUUAUUUAUUAUUAGAACCUUGCAGUGUUGUACAUGUGACAGUGCAAACAAUGAAAUCCCCACCCUGUCGCUGUUGGCUGCUGCUGGGGGCUGGCAUAAGAACUUCUUGUCUUCCAAACAUCCAACAAUGUGUUGGUGGCUUUCUGUUGGUUAAGUUUAGGGCACUCUGUAUCAGCAGAACAUCUGUAACGUAAACAAAAGAAAUGCUUUAUAUGACAGCUGGUGCUUUUUAUAUGUAUCUUUUCCAAAGCAAACCUUAAGAAAAACUCUGGAAAUAAAAAAAAUGUGUUGUUAUGUUGUUAUUUGCUUUUGAGCUGUAGAUUUGUAAAAGAUACAAGCUAUAAUAUCUUGCAACUGCAUUGAAAAAUAAAAUGAUCAACAUUGUACAUGGCACAAGGACUUGCUUGAUAAAAAUACUGCACCAUUUUCGUAUACAACA